UGCUUUCUGCCAGCCAAAACCGCUAUCGAUAUGAUUUUCUCGAAUUGGCGCGCGAAAUAAAUGCGACAACCUUGUGGGAAUCUCAGCAAGUAUGUCAAAACGUGCACCAGUCGACAUCGGAGAUGGGCAUGAUGCCUAUCUGAAGCGCCAGAAAUUGUCCCAUGGACUAAAAACAGUGAAUACCCAGCAAGAAAUUCAAUCUGGGAGGCAACUGCAGCAAUUGCUGGGUUUCGAUCAGGAUCUAGCAAGAGGAAAGCAUGGAAUUCAAUCCUUCAAAGCUUUCCUUGAUGGCCUCCUGGGUGAGGAGCAAUCCAACCGCCUUCCUAUUCUCCAAGAAUAUCUUCAAGCGCAAAUUACGACGGACGAAGAGGAUAAGGCUGCAGUAUAUCUAUCGGAUAUUAUGCAAACAUGGAGCUUCGCAGCCCAGUCAAACAACGAUUCACUCCUCUCUGCGGUACCUGCUGUCUUAGCCCUCCUGUUCAAAAUUAUAUCGACUAAACUCGAGCUCGUGCCAUAUGGCCUUCGACUGGGCCGAACUUUGCUGCAGAAGCGACAAUUGGAACUGAUCUCCCGUGGAACGACAACCAAUAAAUCAAAAGAUUUUGUUAUCUCGCCCGCACUGCGAUUAUUAAGAGAAGUUGCGAUAUUUGACGGAGGCGCACUUGCGAGCCAACUUUUCCGUAUCCGAGAUUUGAGCUUGAAAGGGUUACCCCGAAACCUUGGAAUUAGGUAUUCCGGGGAAGGUGUGGAAGACCGUAGGAAACCCUCGGUGCGAACGAAUGCUCUUCGCCUCUUCCUUUCUCUGGUCAAGUAUCUUCCAACGGAUGCCAAGAAGGAACUUUUGAGGCAACGGGAUAUUGUUUCAGGAGCCACGCGAGAUAUCAACCGCGACCCUCCACAUGUUAUCGUGGAAUUUUUGGAUACCACUAGAAUCCAUGUACUUCAAGAUGAUGCCCUCCCUCGCGACGGCAAAUCGAAGCUUCUGAACGCAGUCAAUCUCGGGCGGAUUGCGCAAUUGUAUGGAUAUGCCUUUGAAGACGAUGAAGCAUCAGAAAAUAAGAAACCCAUCGAUGUUCUGGUUAACGAGUGGCUUGUUCUAGCCUGCACUUCCCCAGACAUGGGAUUGCUUUACCGCCAAAGUGGAUUCUAUCCGAAGGACGCCAACGCAGAUGACACUGGCAGACGUGCUGGCCCCGAAAAACACGUCGAUCUUGGCCUGGAUAGCCUUGAUUGGGCAAGCCGAUAUAAUGGCAAAGUCACUGUCCGCAAUUCUGUGUUGUCUGAGUUCAUACAAACUCUGCGGCCUUGGGCAAGCACCAAUCAAUCAAACCUCUUACUUGCUAUAUUCAAGGUUGCGCCUGAACUGGUGGCACAUUACUUUUUCAACAAGCAGAGCUUUCCAUUCGACCCGAAAGCCACAUCGACGUGGAUGGGAUACUCGGCAUUCCUCUUCUCCGUACUCCAACUUCCCGUUCCAAAAUUCUUUGGACAUCUGGAACGAUACGCACGAACCCCGCCACCAUCAUCGAUCGUUAUUGAAAGCAUAUUACCUCAACCAGCCAACCAGAAAAUCCUUACGAGAUGUUUGGGCCAAAAAGAUCCUCUAAUCACCUUUUUCGUGGUCCGCCUGCUGACAGUUGCUUUUGAAAAGCUCCAAAAGAUUCUAUCUAUGUAUCGCGAGGCCUCUGAGAUGUCUCCUCUUUGGAACGAGGCAGCCAUUAACCUCAAGGAUGAAUUCUGCAGAAGAUGCCCUGCUAUGAAAGAUGCUAUUAGCUCUUUCAGAAGCAUUGAUGAUUCUGAAGUCGCACAAAAACAAGCUGCCAGUAGACUCUUGGUUAUGUACUAUGAAGUCGUACCCCAGGCGGCGCUAGAGUCCAAAUUUGAUGUAUCCACGCCUUUAUCAAAGGCAUUACAACUACUGGAAUCAGAAGAGACCUCAGCGGAAGAUAAGUCUCAGCGGGUGAUGGAAGUCGAAAAUCUUUUCCGAAUCGCUCAUUGUUCGCCAGGAAUGAGGUGGUUCAACAAAUCGGAAGGCCUAUCGAUCUCUCCAUUCACGUCCAUGCUUCGUCUACUUGCCGAAGCUUCUUCAGAUAUGCCAUUGCUAAAGAUGAGGUCUAUUGUGGAUUCUUUGGUCAAAGAGAAUGGGAUUUUACAGUCACAGACUGUAUUGUCGUCAGUUGAUGCCCUUAUUGCUUCUAUCAAGGCAUCGAUUGAAGAUGAAGACUCUGGGCUGGUCUUCGAGUUUGUUGACAACUGUGCUCUCCGGUGCUCAUCAACACCCAUCAAGUAUAUUGAUGCUCUAGAGCAGGAGUAUGCUGCUGUCUCCAAAGAUGACGAAACCAACAUACAAAAUCUUCCAGUCAGCCUUCUCCAUUUUGCUGUUGCAGAGCAGUACCCCUUUGUGGUUAAAACCGCAGAUACAGCUAAGAUUGCGGCCGUUUCUUCGUUUAUUUCGCAGUACUUGGCGGCCUCUUUGAAAAUUUCCGAAGACAAGAAGAUUUUGAAGUCCAUCACCAAAUCCCUCUCAGCUGCCGCAUUGCCUUACCCGAAGAUACAGAAAGUUAUCGACCGCUCUAAGAAACUCGUCGAUUCUAUUGAUAUCCCGGAAUGUUCACCCAUAAUCGCCCCAGCGCUUAAGAAAACUAUGAGCGCUUCGGCUGUCACAGACACCCAAAAACUUGAAAUUACUGCUACACUCUCAGCCGUGUCGCUACCAGACCUAGACGACCGCACGCCGCUGUCACGUUGGCCGGGCAAAGAAAUCGAGUUUCUAAUCGAAGAAGGCCAGAUUGCCUCCCUUAUUCACCUCCUCAGCUCUCCGACUCUUUCCGCCCGUGUCGAAGCUCUCACCGCCCUUUCCAAGAUCAACCACACGUUGAAAUCUUCCAGCUACCCGGAGAAAGAACCACUCUGGCUGCUUCUCUGCGAACUUCUCGAGACAGUGAAGCCUAUCGUCAACGUAAAACCUGUGCCGUGCACGAUUACGGUCUUUGCUGCGUCGGCUUUGGGGGUGCUCAUUGACCCCCUGCACGUUUUGUACGCAAAGGUGAACAGCUUCUUGACAUUAGGCCCAAGCUGGGAGGCAGACAAACUACCUCUCGUUCAUGCUGUAAUUUCCAGCCCACCGACCCUGGAUGAUGCUCGGUAUACGGAGCUUACUUGGCUCCUUUCUUACCUGCUAUCAUCUCUCAUGACUACAGAGGAGUUAGCAAUCUUCCACAAGAGGAGAGUGUUUGAGAAAGCUCUGGGCCUCUAUAGCAACGUGUACAUGGCUGAUAACCUACGCGAAAAGAUUCUACAAAUUGUCUGGAGAGCGACGGAAAUCGAAGGGGGAUCCGAAACACUUCUCACGAGAUUCGGCGUGGUUAGCUGGUUGAAGGCACAAGUUGCCCUGGAGGGCAAGAAGGGACUUACAGCGCAGAUACUCCUGGAACGACUUGUGGAUACCUGUAGCGAGGAAAGGUUAAAGGGGUGGAGUGGACAGAGUCCCCAAGAGAUCAUUGAUGGCUUAGUUUCCCAAAAAUAGAUUGCCUAUGUAUGUUAGUUUAGCGGCAAAUCUCAAGAUAAUUCACGCG